CCCUGCCCCGGCUGCGCGGCCCCCGGGCGGGCCCAUGGGCGGCGCAGCGGAGCGAGCGCCCUGAGUGCGGCGCGGGUCCCGGUGCGUCCCGGCGGUGAGAGAGAACCAGGUCUGGCACCAUGCACUAGGGCAGUCUCCACGCCGCAAGGCCGUACCCUCCUCACUUCAGGGUCACCCUCCCCACCACACACUGCCCCACCAUGGCCGGGGACCGGCUCCCGAGGAAAGUGAUGGACGCCAAGAAGCUGGCCAGCCUGCUGCGAGGCGGGCCUGGGGGGCCUCUGGUCAUUGACAGCCGCUCCUUUGUGGAGUACAACAGCUGGCACGUGCUGAGCUCCGUCAACAUCUGCUGCUCCAAGCUGGUGAAGCGGCGGCUGCAGCAGGGCAAAGUGACCAUCGCGGAGCUCAUCCAGCCCGCUGUGCGCAGUCAGGUGGAGGCCACGGAACCACAGGACGUGGUGGUCUAUGACCAGAGCACACGGGACGCCAGUGUGCUGGCAGCAGACAGCUUCCUGUCCAUCCUGCUCAGCAAGCUGGACGGCUGCUUCGACAGUGUGGCCAUCCUCACAGGCGGGUUUGCCACCUUCUCCUCCUGCUUCCCUGGCCUCUGCGAGGGCAAGCCUGCCACCCUGCUGCCCAUGAGCCUCUCCCAGCCCUGCCUGCCUGUGCCCAGUGUGGGCCUGACCCGCAUCCUGCCUCACCUCUACCUGGGCUCUCAGAAAGACGUCCUGAAUAAGGAUCUGAUGACCCAAAAUGGAAUAAGCUAUGUCCUCAAUGCCAGCAACUCCUGCCCCAAGCCAGACUUCAUCUGCGAGAGCCACUUCCUGCGCAUCCCCAUCAAUGACAACUACUGCGAGAAGCUGCUGCCCUGGCUGGACAAGUCCAUCGAGUUCAUUGAUAAAGCCAAGCUGUCCAGCUGCCAAGUCAUCGUCCACUGUCUGGCUGGCAUCUCCCGCUCUGCCACCAUCGCCAUCGCCUAUAUCAUGAAGACCAUGGGCAUGUCCUCUGAUGAUGCCUACAGGUUUGUGAAGGACCGGCGCCCAUCCAUCUCGCCCAACUUCAACUUCCUGGGCCAGCUGCUGGAGUAUGAGCGGAGCCUGAAGCUACUGGCUGCCCUGCAGGGUGAUGCGACCCACCCUGGGACCCCUGAAUCCCUCCCAGGCCCUGCGGCAGGGGUCCCACUGCCCCGGCUGCCACCACCUACCUCAGAGAGCGCUGCGACGGGGAACGCAGCGACUACCGCAGCCAGGGAGGGCAGCCCAAGCACCGGUGGGGAGGCCCCAGUGCCCAUGGCACGGGCUACCAGCGCACUACAGCAGGGCCUCCAUGGCCUACACCUCUCCUCCGACCGCCUCCAAGAUACCAACCGCCUCAAGCGUUCCUUCUCGCUGGACAUCAAGUCCGCCUACGCCCCCAGCCAGCGGCCAGAAUGCCCAGGCCCGCCUGACCCUGGAGAGGCCCCUAAGCUCUGUAAGCUGGACAGCCCGUCGGGGGGUACGCUGGGUCUCCCCUCGCCCAGCCCGGACAGCCCGGACCCAGCACCCGAGGCGCGUCCACGUCCCCGCAGGCGGCCCCGACCUCCCGCUGGCUCUCCUGCUCGCUCCCCAGCUCAUGGCCUYGGCCUGAACUUUGGCGAUGCCGCCAGGCAGACUCCGCGGCAUGGCCUCUCAGCCCUGUCGGCUGGACUGCCCGGACCAGGCCAGCCGGCUGGCGCAGGAACCUGGGCGCCUCCCCUGGAUUCCCCAGGCACUCCGUCCCCAGACGGGCCCUGGUGCUUCAGCCCCGAGGGCGCACAGGGGGCGGGUGGCACGCGGUUCGCAGCCUUCAGCCGGGCAGGUGUACCAGGACCAGGCAGUGACCUGCGGCGGCGGGAGGCGGCCCGGGCUGAGCCCCGGGAAGCGCGGACCGGCUGGCCCGAUGAGCCGGCCCCUGACACGCAGUUCAAGCGGCGCAGCUGUCAGAUGGAGUUCGAGGAGGGCAUGGUGGAGGGGCGCGCGCGCGGCGAGGACCUGGCCGGUCUGGGCAAGCAGGCCAGCUUCUCCGGAAGCGUGGAGGUCAUCGAGGUGUCUUGACCCCUCCGUGGGGUCUCCGCGCCCCUCUGCUGUCCUCAGCACUCCAGGCUCAGCCGCCAGUAGCCGGACCCAGUAUAAAUAUAUAUUAUAUAUAAUGCAAAGAAAGGUAAAUGGUUUUACUGCGAUUUUUAUCGAGAAGUAAAUAUUUCGAUUUUUUUAUUUAUUUAAGCUGUUCAUUCUGGCAAUGAUUUGGCAACAGUGCAGGGCGGGCCUCGGAGCUCUAUUUUUACUGUCUGGUAUUUAACUGAAACACAGUUUCUAAGCAAUAGGAGGCCACCUUCAGUUGCGAGCUGGGUGCCAGGCUGGGGCCCCUUCCCAAUCCCUCCCCAGGAAACACUGCUGACCUUGCAAAGAGGCUGCCAGCUUUCAUGCACUUUUUACUUAAGAAAAAGGGGAAAAAGGAGAAAAAAAAAAAAAAAAAACUUUGCCACAAACUGAGCCGCAGAACCUCCCUUUCCCCUCCUCCUGCCUCCUUUCUCCCAUCUCCCUUCUCUUCUCCCUUCUUGGGCUCUGCACCAAAGCCAUAAGUGGGGGAGGGGCCCUGGGAGCUGGGGCCCUCCCAGGAGGUGCCAACCCCCAGCUCCAGGUGCCAAGUCUCGACUUGAGGAGCACCUUGCUGCCCACCACCCCAUUGCUGUUCCCUGGCAGGUGUUGGUGAGCACUGGGUCCAAUGGGGCUAGGGUUUUCAGAGGGGCUUAGCAAAGGGGACUCCAGGACAGGGACCGGGUUGGAAAGGGCUUCCCACUCCUGCCUGAGUCGCUCCAUUCCUCAGAAUGGCUCCAUUCAGAGGAGGCUGCUCCCAUCUCCUCUCCUUGGGGAUGCCCCCUAAAGCCCCUGYCCCCGGGGAACCCCAGUGAGAGACCUGGGUCAGGCAGGCUAGCCAGGGCUCUGGGCCCACCUGUGAGGAGGGCAUGGGUUUAGGAUCUUGUUCUGGGCUCUUCUCCAACCCAACACCAGCCUCAGGCAGGUCUUGGAAUUCAGGUGGACACCCGCAGGCUGAGUGGCCUUGGAAGACAGGCCUGCCUUGCACAAGGAGUUCCCACCUGCCAAACCUGCAUGCUUCCAGGGGAUGGGGCCUCUGACYCUGGGUGAGCCAUCCCAAGGCAGAGGAAGGCCCCAGACAGGAGCAGAUGCUGGAGAAAUCCCCUUUUCUGCCCCCACCCCCACAGGGGCCUCUCAGGAGAGAAACCCCCAGUACACCCCUUUCCCAGGGCACUCUCCCUGUAUCUUCAAGGUGACAUGCCAGCCCCACCCCCCAGGGGGCUUUUUGGCCCAGGAGGGCCAGCCUCGGGAUAAAGGCAAAAGAGAAACCCCCAUCACUGUCCCAUACUCUCUAAGUCAUARGGACACAAGGCUUUGAGGGCAAGAUACAGGUCCCUGCCCCUCAGGUGUCCUAGAGUCUAGGAUUUGGCUGUCACCUUAGGAAGGGGCCAAGGGCUUGGCCAGAGGGAGGCUCACGCAGGACUGGCUCCUGUAGCAGGCCUGGGUCCUGCAGCCUGCUGCCCCCAACACCCCCUCGGCCUUGUCUUUCUAUUUGUUCUUCAUUUGACCUACACCCUGUGUUCCUGUUGUUCCUCCUCUCAGCAAAAGUCCUGUUCCUACUCCCUCUGUCCCACCCACCCUGUCCCCCCCAAAAUAAGCUAUCAUUGUUGUAUUUGCAAUCUAUGGAUUAGAGGUUUAAGUAUUUAUUAUUAUUGGUUAAUAUUAUUAUUAUUAAUUAUGUAAAUUUGCCUCCUGUCUGUCGUGUUGGGUUUCUGAGGUGACCCUGGGUGUGGAGGAUGCACUGGCUCCCCCCUCCUCGCCCCACCCCUGCUGUCCUGGAGACAGUGGUCUGGGGCCACUGGUUGAGCCCCCAAACUCUGGGGCAGGUCCCAAGGCCCCUUUCCUGCCCUCCCCAGGUGUGGCUUCUGUCCUGGGGUACAUAGGGCUGGCAGCCUGUCUCUGCUCUCACUCUGUGACACUGGUCUUGGCUGCCACCUCCUGUAUGCCAGGGAGGCUGGGCACAAGCUCUUCCCUGGUCCCUUUCCACCUACUGUCUGAGGUACGGAGGGGUCACUGGGUCCCAUCCAAGCCUCGCCACCCAUCCUAUCCCACCCACCUGGCCACUGCCUGGCAUUGAGAUGGCCCAGAAUGGACCUGGCCCCCUCCUAUUAUUUGCUGGAAAGUCCAGCGCAGGAGAAGCGGCCAGUCCCCCACCCAAGGCUCCCAGUCCCUGAGGACUGGGACGCCAGCCUGCUGCCCUUCAGACUCCUGCCUCCAUGGGCUGCACUUUCCUGUUCCCUCCUUUUGUAUUUGGAAACAAUGUGCUGUAAUAAAUCCUAAGAUGAUGUUUUC